AUGGAGAGAAUUAACCUCCUCAAAAACAUCCAUCAUAUCUCUAUCAUUGCCAUUUUGGAACCUUUCUCUGACAACACUCAACUGCAGUAUUUCAGAAAUCUUCUCAACAUGGACUAUGCUACUCAUAAUCCUAAUGGUAAAAUUUGGAUUUUCUGGACAAAAGAUGUGAGCUGCACUAUUUUGGAAAAUGAGGAACAACUGAUCACUUGUGACAUUAAUCAUGUUAUGAGCCCUAAUCAGUUCAUUACUACUUUUGUGUAUGCCAAGUGUAAGGACCACCUCAGAAGGCCUCUAUGGGAUAGCAUGCUGCAGCAGUCCACUACCUCUCUUCCAUGGUGUACUUUAGGUGAUUUCAAUGUUAUUACUGACCCUGAAGAAAAACUUGGGGGGGUCAUGUAUAAUAUGAGAAAGAGCCUUGAGUUCAUUAGUAUUAUAGAGGCUAGUGGCCUGCAAGACCUUGGCUUUACAGGACAGAAAUACACCUGGUGCAAUCAAAGAGGCAUCAUGUCCAGAGUAUGGAAGAGACUGGAUAGGGGAAUGGUUAAUGAUAAAUGGCUGGAAACCAUGCCCCUUACUUCCAUAACUCAUCUUCCCUCAGUUGGUUCUGAUCAUUGCCCUCUACUUAUGGAAAUGAUAGAUCAACAUCACAACCCCAUCAAAUACUUCAAGUUCCUUAACUGUUGGCCUGAACAACCUUCCUUUAUGGAUCUUGUUGAGAAAUGCUGGAGCAGGUCCAUAGAGGGUAAUCCAAUGUGGAUCUUUCACAUGAAGAUGAAGAGGCUUGCUAAUACUCUUAGUAACUGGUCUAGGAACCAAUUUGGUGAUAUCUAUGCUAAAGUUAAAGAGUAUGAGGAAGCUGUUAGACAAGCUGAAGAGGACCUGAUUAACAUGCAAUCCAAUGAAAACAGAUCCAAGCUUCAUGCCAUCAAUGCUGAAUACAUCAGGUAUAUGAAAAUGGAGAAUACUAUCCUUAGGCAAAAGACUCAGCUGCAGUGGUUUAAAGAAGGUGAUAUGAAUUCUAGUUACUUCCAUGCCCUGAUUAGAGGCAGAAGAAGGAAGUUGUACAUUCACAGGAUUCAGACUGAGGAAGGCUCAUGGGUGCAGGGUGAUGCUGAAAUAGCUGAGGCAGCCUGUGAGCAUUUCCAGCAGAUCUUCACUGGGGAAGAGAAUUACAUCCAGCAGCAUAACCUUCAAUGCAUCACUCCUAUGGUUACUGACCAGCAAAAUGAUAUCCUCCAAGCCACCCCAUCUAUGGAAGAGCUGAAAACUGUGGUCUUUGCCAUGAACCCCAACUCAGCAGCUGGUCCUGAUGGGAUGAAUGUUAAUGGAUCUAGGCAUGGUUUCUUUCUUUCCACAAGGGGCCUCAAGCAGGGUGACCCUCUAUCCCCAGCCUUAUUCAUCCUUGGAGCUGAAGUUCUCUCUAGACUUAUGAACAAACUUCAUCAUCAUCCUCAGUUCCAUGGUUUCUAUAUGUCUCAAAAGGGUCCUCAGAUUAACCACCUUAGCUUUGUUGAUGAUAUCAUUAUUUUUGCUUCUGGAAGGAGGCAAACCUUGACUCUCAUCAUGGAGACUUUGGAUACUUAUGAAAAGACCUCUGGACAACUGAUCAACAAGCAUAAAAGCCACUUCAUGAUUCCUUCCAAUGCUUUCCAAUCUACUGUGCAGAGAAUCAAGGAGAUUACUGGUUUCACUCAAAAGAGCAGCCCCAUCACUUACCUGGGAUGUCCCAUCUACAUUGGAAGGCAGAGAAUUAUCUACUACUCUGAGCUUAUUGCAAAGGUAGUAAAUAAGAUCACAGGAUGGCAGGCAAAGAUCCUGAGCUAUGGGGGCAGAGUUACUCUUGUCAAACAUGUUAUCCAAGCCAUGCCUAUUCACUUACUUGCAGCCAGCACUCCACCCUCCACUACCAUCAAGCAAAUCCAAAGCAUUACUGCCAACUUCUUUUGGGGGUGGAAGAAUGACAAAAGGAAGUACCAUUGGUCUUCUUGGAAGAACCUGAGUUUCCCAUAUGAUGAGGGGGGCAUAGGGGUCAGACAAAUUGCUGAUGUUGCCAAGUCCUUUCAAUACAAGCAAUGGUGGACUCUUAGAACCAAGAACACCUUGUGGGGUGACUUCCUUAAAGCCAAGUAUUGUCAGAGGGCUAAUAUCAUCACUAAGAAAUGGGAUACUGGCCAAUCCCUUACUUGGAAACACCUGAUGCACAACAAGACUCACAUGGAACCUCAUAUUCAAUGGCAAAUCUUGUCUGGUACUUGCCUCUUCUGGUGGGACAACUGGCUGGGGGUUGGACCUCUAGCACUCUUCACCACUAACAGUUGCAGGUUCAACAACAUUCAGGUUUCUGCCUUCUUGACCAAUGGUCAAUGGAAUGUGGAUCUUGUCAUACAAAAGGCUCCUCCCCAACUUGUGUCAACCAUCCUGGCUACCUACAUCAACUAUCAGCCUCUCCAGCAAGAUCAACCAAGCUGGAAGCUCACUAGUUCUGGGGAGUUCAGUUGUUCCACAGCAUGGGAGCUCAUCAGAGCCAAAAGACCCAAGACUAAGCUCAAUUCUUCCACAUGGCACAACCUCAUCCCUUUCAAAUACUCCUUCCUGGUCUGGAGAGCUUUUAGAGGGAAGUUGCCCACCAAUGAGAGCUUGAUCAGAUUUGGUCAUACCCCCUCUCAGUGCUACUGCUGCCAUAGACCUGGCCAAGACACUAUUGAUCACAUUUUUGUUACAGGUUCCUUUGCUACCAACAUUUGGAAAGUCUUCUCUGAUUCCUUGGGUAUCAAUAAGGAGCACAAACCUCUUAGAACUCUUUUGAUGAGGUGGUGGAAUUCAAAGUAUAAGAAUAAUGCUCAUAAGCUUAUUCUGCAGGCUACUCCUAUUUCCAUUUGUUGGAACCUUUGGAAAAACAGAUGUGCCUCUAAAUAUGGUGGAAAACAUUCUAAUCUGGCUAGAGUCAAAUUCUCUGUCUACAAAGAUAUCCACAACUUGCUCACCAUAGCCUUCCCCUAUAUCAAGUGGCCUACCAGCUGGAAGGAACUGGUCCUUUGGAUUGAUCAGUGUUCUCAUGUUAUCCAAAUCACUCCUGUGAAAUGGAUAAAGCCAGCAGGCCACAGGGUGAAACUAAAUACAGAUGGCAGUGCUCUUGACAACCCUGGCAACAUUGGUGGAGGAGGAAUCUUAAGAAAUUCUUAUGGGGAUCUCAUUUUUGCCUUUGCUGUCCCUUUAGGUACAGGUACUAAUAAUCAAGCUGAGAUUAAAGCAGCUAUCUUUGGCCUAUCCUGGUGCCUCCACCUUGGUUACUACAAGGUAGAACUAGAAGUGGAUUCUGAACUCCUCACCAAGUGGCUGCAUCAUCAAGCAAAGCCCCCCUGGACCAUCAAAGGACUGCUGGACAACCUUCACAAUAUCAUCUGUCAGUUCCAGGCUUUCCAAUGCAAUCACACCUUUAGGGAAGCCAACUCCAUUGCUGAUGCAUUAUCCAAGCACAGCCACAAAUGUACUUCUCCUGAGCUAUACUUCAUCAAACAGGACCUCCCCAAAGAAGCUAAAGCCCACCUGGAACUGGACAGUUACAAAUACUUUGAAGAUCCCACAGUUAGAACCACUGUAAAAGGGAGAGUCUCCCCUACAUAUUAUUUGCUCACAAUAACCAACUUACCUCUUGAGGGUCCUAGAUCUUCAGCUAUCAUGAUUACCCUUCAGCUUGGAGCACCACUGGAGUACCUGCUGCAGGGCAGCAGGUAUUGUGUAACUGAUACCAACAAACACCAUAAUCACAAAGGAAGCAACAAGAAGAUGUACACUAGGCCUCCACAAAGACUAUGCAGAACAGCAACUUCCAGCUGGGACAUCAAUAACUGGGGAACUAUUCCAUCAGAAGCCCUCUUUGGAACUGCUAUGAGGGCUGCAAAGUCUUGGGGCUCCUAUGGAGCAGCUUUCCAUCCACAUCCUCUAUCAACACUCCACAGCAACAACUACACCAACUUGCAACACACAAGGAACAUGGAUGCAGAAACCUGCAGCUCUCUUUGCUUGGGAGGUUUGUUGGUUGUGUUUGUCUAUGCAGGUACCCCAGAUGCAGCUCCCUCCUUGGAUCUGUAUUGA